AUGGCUCUGGGUAAUGCUAAUACAAACUAUAAAGACAUUGAAGUACUUGAAGAACAACUCUUACAACUUCAACGAUCUUAUAUAGAUCUAACACAAAAAUAUGCAAAAAUUUCUGCUGAACUUGUCUUACAACAAGAUAAUUUUGAUGAUAUAAAAAGGCUUGUCAAGAAACCUCAGGUUCAAGAAUCUUCACCAGCAAGAAAAGAAGCCCAAAGAUCCAAACGACGUUGUAUUUCGGAGUUCUUUCAAUGCUGA